CAUGGUCCCCCUCUCCUCCUGAGACUCCGGUUGUAAAAUAAACUAUAAAAGUGAAUCACACUCCAGUUUCUGAAUGCUACCAAGGCGUUAAGGGAUCUGCAGAAACGGACUCGGUAUUUUCAGCAGCUAUUGAUGGUUUUCCUGCUAACGGAUAUGUCGCCGGAGGGAUCCUUUAUGGAUUCUAGAUCAGAAUGCAGUGGUGCGUCUAUCUCCGGUGAGGACUGCCCCAGGAUAUCGUUCAGUGCGUCUAUCUCCGGUGAGGACUGCCCCAGUCCUUCUGAAUCGGAGAGAGGAAAAAAGGGAAGGAGUGUGGACCAGAGUGGGAAAAAAAGAGCAAAAAACAGAGACUCUGCCCGGAAAAGCAGAAAAAAACAGACAGAGAGAGCAGACAUCCUCCACCAGGAGCUACAGACCCUGGAGUGUUGUAACUCAGCUCUGGAGAAAGAGAUUGCUGGUCUACGAAGAGAGUUCCAGCAUUACACAGUUACCUUGGAGCAACACCAACCUCUCUGCCGCCUCGGACCUUGCCCUAUUCCUCAAGAUGCCCCCAGCUGUCCGAUCCUGCCCCUGUCCAAUAAAAAUAUUUUUCCUGUGACUACCCCUGGACCUUCUAAGAGCCAGCAAAGUACCAAAGGCUCUCUUAUUACAGAGACUGGAGGGCAGAGAACGUAUUCACCUGCCCCUUCUCCUACCUUGUCACUGGUGUCUGCUUUCACAAAUAUUCCCUCAGCUACCCAUGUGACAAAUACUAACCCUUACCCUAUACUUUCCUCUUUAAUUACCUCAGGGUCUAGUAUUGCCCCAACAACUACCGUAGAGUCCUUUCUUGCCACACAAACUACUUCAAACCAUCUUUCCCCAAUUACUGACACUGGCCCUCAUCUGGCCUCUUCAACUCUAUCAUCUCUCCCUAUGACCUGCCAGGUGACCCAGUACCCUCUGACCUUAUUGACAUCAGCCAAUGAACACCCAGUAGAGCUUUCUCUCUCUGACAUUCUGGACAGUCCUGAUUGGCUCUGCGCGCCCGAAUCGACUACAUGGUGCAGGUUCUAAUGGAAUCAGACUGUGGUGAGAAGUUAGUAAAGACCACAGGGCAUUUACCUGAACUGCCAAAAUGGUAGUCCAUUUCUGGAUUAUGGUGGAGCUGGCCUCUAGACACUGAUCUAAAGUCAAUUUGGGCCAUUCCCACUCAUUAAUUAGGUUAGGAUGAACAGAGUGGAAACUGAUCCUAGAUCUGUGGUCAAGAGUCCAUUGUGAAAUUAUAUUAAUAUAUUUAGACUAUGAAUGUAAUUAUUCAACAUUCUAAAAUGUAUAUUUUUUUAUGUGUCCGUAACCUCUUAACAUGAUAUUUAUAAUAACGUGAUACGAUCAUUUGGGAUGGAGGUGAUUUGUUGAAUGCAAUAUUGAACUCUAGAAUCAAACACAAUGAAAAAUGAUGUCGAUAUUGUGCCAAAUAAGGGUUUAUUGGUUUGUGCAUGUAAUGUUUAUGUUAGUGAUAUUGUUCUUUAAGUUUAUAGAAUUUAUAUAUUUUGGAGUGCUUUAGUAAGGUGGUGAGAAUAUGUAAAAAGUGACAGAGUUUUGAACUAUGUUCUUACACUUAAAUCACAAUGGGGAAAAAACAGAGUAUACCACAAUCAGCAAUAUGCUGAGAUUUAUAGAUUUUAUAUACAGUGUAUGUAAACCCAGAGGCAUAUUUUGUAAAUGAACAAUUAUACAUGUUACUUGUCAUAACACAAAACGCCACUACCCAAGGAAAGCCUUUUUAAUGCAUUAUUUUUUCCACUAUAACACUUUACAUAUGCAUUGGUAAACAUGAAUUAACAUGUUAAUUAACAUUACCUGAUGUGUUUACAGAUACAUCUGUUCAUUGUUAAAUAAACAUGUUAACAGAUAUACACUGAUCAGCCAUAACAUUAUGACUACUAACAC